AUGGCAUCCCAAAAGGUGCCUGUGAUCAUCGGCGUCGGUGAAAUCAAGAAUCCCUCUCGAAAAAAGGAGGAUGCCAUCGAACCGCUGAAUUUGAUGCUCAGUGCAAUCAAGGAGGCAGCUCACGAUGCAUCCAGUUCUUACACGGCUCAACUUCUUGCUUGUGUUGACAGUGUGAGCGUCGUGGCUAGUUCGACAUGGCGAUACAAGGACCUUCCGGAACUGGUGUCUGAAAGAUUAGGAGUCAGACCCUCACAUAAGGCUUACAGCGCCUUGGCCGGAAGCUCGUCCGUUCAAUUAAUUGAUGAUACGGCUCGAUUGAUUGCAAAACGCGAAGCUGAGGUUGGGGUUGUAGUAGGAGGGGAAGCGAUGGCUUCGUUGAAAACUUUCAUCAAAACCAACUCAUAUCCUCCGCCAUGGACAAUGCCAGAAACAAAUGACGUAUACUACGCGAACGACACCGACAUGCUGACCGGAAUUGGAGGGAUUCACAAGGUCGGAGUCCCCAUGCAUGUCUAUGCCAUGUAUGAGAACGGACGGCGAGCCCACAAGGGGCAAACACCAAUCGACAACCUUCAGGAAUCCGCGUCGUUAUAUGGAAGAUACGCCAAAAUCGCAUCUGAGCAUCCGGCAUCGUGGAACUUUGGGAAACAAUGCGAGACAGCAGAGACAAUUGGGACGAUCACCCAGCGGAACAGAAUGAUAUGUUUUCCGUACCCGCUGUUGAUGAACGCCUUCAACGACGUGAAUAUUGCCGGAGCUUGUAUUUCUGGAACCGUUCCAACUUUUUUUUUCAGCCCUGCAAUUGCCACUGCCUUGGACGGGUGCCUACACUCGUCGGGACUGCGCAAAGAGGACAUUGGAAUGUUUGAUUUUUACUCAUGCUUCCCGGUCGUUCCUAAACUAGCAUGCGACCACCUGGGAAUCCCGUAUGACAACCCACCGAAGCCAAUUACUCUCCUGGGUGGUCUGACAUCAUUUGGUGGCGCGGGUGCGAACUAUUCUAUGCAUGCCGUGGCGGAGAUGGUCCGUCGACUACGAAAUCUGCAUGGGCGCCGCGAAGCCUCCAACGGACUUAUUCUUGCCAACGGCGGUGUGCUAACAACGGAGAAUGCAAUUUGCCUCUCUACCCAGCCUCACAAGUCUCACAAGUCAUAUCCGUUGGAAGAUUGGAUCCCGGCCCGUGUAGCCGCACCACCAAUAGUCUCAGCGGUAGAGGAGGGGGAGGAGGCUGUGGUCGAGACAUACACGGUUGAGUAUGAUCGGGAGAACCGACCCCAGCUGGGCCACAUAGUGUGUCGACUGAAUCGUAACGGGAACCGCGUUAUUGCGAACCAUACCGAUUCAACCACAUUAGAGCAGCUGGCCAGCUGGACGGAAGAACCAAUCGGACGAAGUGGAUUCCUCCGGCCGUCAUCUCAUGUAGCAGGGCAGAACCUGUUCAGUUUCCGCAGAAGUAAUAGGCUAUAG